CCACAGGCCACCAUGACACAAGCAACGAGAGUUGUAAACAAAAGUCAGACGGAUAUGUUUUUAAUUAUUAUUAUUUUUAAGUUUUAAGCGUAUAACCUAAAUUAUAGCAGAAGAUGAUGUGUGUGUUAAUAGUGUGUUGUAAUGAUCGUUUUAACUCUCAACUUCCAACGUGUUUGAACCGAUACCAUUUCGCGUCCACAAACAAGCGCAACAGCAAUCUCUAGCGGAUUGCGGUUUUGAACCAUCUGUGUGUUAUAACAAGUUAAACUAAAUAAUAUUAUAACAAGUUAAACAAUAAAAAAUUCUAUAAUUUUUUUUCUAAAUCCGUAAUUUGCUUGAGGUAGUAGCUUUCAUUAUGAAAAAUAUGUAUUCGUAGCCCUAAUAGCUGACAAUUUCUAUAAUUCGUUUUUAAGCUAUGGAUAACAAUGAAUAAUAAAAAAUGAAAAAUAAUAAUAAUCAUAAUAAUAUCCCUUAUGUUGUAUGGGCAAUGCCUUAAUUUGAAUCAUGUCAUACUUUUUGACGUGACAAAUUAAGGUCAUUAUUUUUGUUUCACAUUUUUCUAUUGCUCUUUUAGAAUAACUUGAUAUCAAUCUUGAGCUUUUUGGUGUCAUCAAAGCCGCAAAACACAUUGAAAUGAAUGGGAGAUAUUUCGUUUGUUCCACGGACCUAUUAAAGAAGAAAAGUUCCCACGGUUGGUCUGCGGCCAUUUUGAACCGCUGCGUUACGUUGCAGCCCCACGUCCUCUUUUAAACCGACGCGACGAAGGUGUGGGCGUGGUUAGCGCAUUGCCUCCCUAUUACAUGUAUUACCAUGCGCUUGAAACUACCCUAUUAGUUCUGAUGUAAGAUUAAUGAUAUGCUGAUAAUUGUGAAUUUUGGAAUUACCUUAAACUGGCAUGAGCAAUUCCAUAAUUGUUUCUCCCGCAUGCGACUCGAACCAGAAACAAAACAGGAGGUGUCAUAAUCCUAACUAGGCUCCAAAGGCAGGAUGGCAGAAUCAACAAUGCGCCGACACGUUUUUGUGUACUGGCCGAAUAUUAUCGGAUACAUUAGGAUUGUCCUUGUAUCUAUCUCUUGGGUAGUCUUCAAGAGACCAGCUUUUUUUAUUCCGCUGUAUUCAAUCUCCAUACUGCUUGAUGGUGUGGACGGCUGGGUAGCCAGGAGGCUGGAGCAGACGUCCAGGUUUGGGGCUUGGCUGGAUGUGGUAGUGGACAAUCUAAGCAGAGGAAUGCUGUGGAGCAUGUUGUUCGAGUGGGGUUGGUUGGUGACUGCAGUAGAGUGGUGUGUGUUUGUAUGUAACCACAGUGCCAGAGGUGCAGACUGGAAAAGCAGCUUCACAACUAGUCCAUAUUUAGUGAGAUCAAUCAUGGCAAAAGGGUUUAAGACCCCUCUGGGCGCUUGGGUGAUCAUUGGAAUACACUGCUUACCACUGUGGCUUUAUGGUCAUCGCUGGGGACUCCUGUCGGCACCCCUCGGCUUGCCCCCCUUGAUCCAAACUUUAGGGACUCUGGGGUUGACAGCUGGACGGCUGUUGGGCUUGGUGGCAGAGGUAUGGUGUAUAUGGGUACAUAUCAAACAUCUCAUCGAUGACGAGAUAGAGAAGAAAAGCUGAAAACAUUGCAAGCAAGCUGUCACCUUAUAUUACUUAUUUACGCUGUAUAUUUAUGUUAAAAAUAUAUAUUUUUUGAAUGUUUCUUUAUAUGAAUUGAUGAAAACGCUGCGUAUUUACUAUGAGCGAUGGCAGAAGAAAACUGACCAAUGUGUAACCAGUUGUUACAUGCCUUGCCAGUAGCCCUUGAGUUCAUGGUCGUGUCUUGUUUUCCAUCCGUCGUCCCACAGGUACCUCCCCUCCUUACAUUCCUGAUUGUAACCAGGUUUAUGAAUGUCUGCACCCCAGGAAUGUCUCAAUUUCCUUCUUUCUUUUUUUUCCUUUGGAUUUUUUUGUUUUGCUGUUUUCUACCUCCAUCCGCCAGGUAGGGGAUGGAUGCAACCAGUGUAUGUUUUGUUUUACUGUCUCAAGCUAGGCCAUUCAGGGUUUUGGUUAUUUUCUUUCUAAGGAGCCUUACCAUUCCCUUUGUUUCCCUCACAAAUAAAUGUCCUUAUACUUUUCA